AUGCAGUAUAGAAUUAUAAAACAGGAAGAUUUGCAGAAUAUUGGAUCAUCUGCGGUUUCGCCCCUAAACAAGCCAGCUCAAGUGCAUCCAAAAAUAAUUGAAGAAUUUCAUACCGACGAAGAGGAAUUAGCACGUGAAACUGAUUGGAUUCUUAAGAAAAGGCGCCCAAGCAAGAAGCGCAAAGCAGACACAUCACCCGAAAUUCUGCCAUCUUUACCAAUCUCCCAAACCGCACAUCAAAACGAAAUAAAAUCUUUGCAUGUAAAUUCGGCACCAAAGGAACGUCGACCACCACCAAUAAUGAUAACAGGUGUGUACUUCAACAUUUAUCUUUUUCUUCUUGCAGACAUAUCCAACUCACUCACAAUGACCGAAGUGAAAAUACCCAAUCACAUAAUGCGUUUCAAGACCGCCGUACUCGGUUGUCGCUACAAUCUGGAUGGAGAGGCGUUGUACUCAGUGAAGUGGUACAAGGAUGGGCAUGAGUUUUACCGUUAUGUACCGCGCGACAAACCACCAGGGCAAGCCUUUCCAUUGCCCGGCGUCAAUGUAGAUGUUCGCAAUUCAUCAGACACAAAAGUUACGCUACGUCGCGUCACACUGAUGUCGACUGGACUCUAUAAAUGCGAAGUUUCCGGCGAAGCACCAGCAUUCAACACAGUUUCCGAAUCCGAGACGAUGACCGUUGUCAUGACACCCAACCAUGGCCCGAAGAUCACCGGCGGCCAACCGCGCUAUCAAAUAGGCGACGUUGUACGUUUGAACUGCACCUCGGCACCAUCUAAACCUGUCUGUCAUCUCAGUUGGCUUAUCAAUGGCGAACCGGCAAAUCGUUCAUAUCUGCGACCCUACGAGAAGGCCAUUGUGGGGCGCGAGGGACUCGAAAUUGCGCGACUGGGCUUAGAAUUUCGCGUAAGAAGUAGCCAUUUUCGGCAUGGCGAUAUGAAAUUGAAGUGUGUGGCCAAAAUUUCCUCAUUGUACUGGCAAAGUAAUGAAGCAAGCGUGGAGAGUGACCGACAACAACGUGCGCCAGCGUUGGAGUCACGCGAAACUGUUGCUGCCAAAUCGCGUGCACAUGGUUCCUCCUCGGCAAAGCCACACUCCCGUACAACAUUACAACAAUUACAUUUGGUAACCCUGUUCAGCUUAUUGGCGGCAUUUAGUAACAUUAGUUACAGUCUAACUAUAAGAUAA